AUGUCGGAGAGAGAAUUGGAGGAAAAUAUGGAAAAUCUCCAAAUCAGUCUGUCAGACACCGACAACAGUGAUCUGGAAACAGAAGCUUCCUCAAAUUCCAGAACCAUCACUGAUAGAGGUGAGAUUGUGGAGAAAUAUACCCUGGUGAUCAAUACUGAGCCGUUGAAGAAAGGACCCAAGACCACGAAGGAUAGGGCCAACAGGGCAACUGUGGAACAGGUGUUGGACCCAAGAACCAUGCGAUUUUUGGCAAAGAUUAUAAACAAAGGCAUCAUCUCCAGAAUCAACGGAUGCAUCUCGACUGGUAAAGAAGCUAAUGUCUACCAUGGUGACCAUGAAGACACGACUAUCUCGGACAGAGAGUACGCUGUGAAGAUUUACAAGACCUCGAUUUUGGUUUUCAAAGACAGAGAGCGUUAUGUGGAUGGUGAAUUCAGGUUCAGGAAUACGAAGAACCAAAGUAACCCUAGAAAGAUGGUCAAAGUGUGGGCUGAAAAAGAGUUCAGAAAUUUGAAAAGACUCUAUGUGAAUGGCAUUCCGUGCCCCGAGCCUGUUGAACUUCGGUCACACGUCUUGGUCAUGGAGUACUUGACGAAGGGAAAUGCUCAACCUUCGCCUAAACUCAAAGACCAUCCAUUCAAGGACUUAGAUGAGAUUGUUUUUUACUACCAACAGAUGCUCAUUUACAUGAGAAGAAUGUAUCAGAAAUGUCGUCUUGUUCAUGCUGAUUUGAGUGAAUACAACUCCAUUGUACACAAUGACAAGCUCUACAUCAUUGAUGUUUCGCAAUCAGUUGAGCCUGAACAUCCCAUGGCACUUGACUUCUUACGAAUGGAUAUCAAGAACGUCAAUGACUUCUUCUCAAGAAAGAAGAUACAUGUUUUCCCUGAAAGACUAUUAUUUAAGUACAUUACCGAACCCAAUUUGGGUGUGGACGACGAGGAUGAUGCGCAGUUGAGAACCUAUCUUGAUUCCCUUCCUUUGAAAAGUGAGGUGGAUAGCUCAAACGUUGAUGAUGAAAUUUUUCGGUCACUCCAUUUGGUGAGGUCGUUAAAUAAUCUUGACGAGCGUGAUUUUGAGAAGUUCCAAGAGGGCAGAGUCGACACACUCACAGACCUUGUUGCCGAAGAAGAGCAAGAAACCAGUUCAGAAGAAGAAUCGGACGAUGAGUCUGACGAGGAUGACUCCGACGAGGAAGAAUCUGACGAAGAAACCGAGGGCAGACGCCAGAAGAAGGAGAAGGAGGUGAAGGGCAAAAAGUUCGAGGAUAAGGAUGAUAAGAAAGCUAGAAAACAGGCGGCCAAAGAGGCCAAGGCAGAGAAGAGAAAGACGAAGAUGAAGAAGCACGUGAAGAAGAAGUUGGUCAACAAGAGAAAGAAUAACUAG